CAUAUAGGCCUUUUAUUUACACAGAAAGAUCGAUCUAGAAUCACAAUUUGUAAAUUGGCCUCUGCCAAAGAGUUUCGUGAACUACAUGUAAAACUAGCCUCCCACGUAGACGUUCUUAGGGGCUCGUCACGCGCUGCUGCCCUUUUUUGGGGGCAAGAAUUCGUUCCCGAGCCUAGUACUGUGAACAAAUUUAUAAGUCAAAUUUAGAGUCUAUUUGUUCAAUGGAAGGUUUUUUUUUUUCACUUUAGGAUAUUUUUUUCCUGAAAUCACCCAACCCCUCCCUCCUAAAUUUAACUAAUCGAUAUAGUUGAGAAUGAUUUUUUGCAAUGUCCUAGAGUUUAUUAGUUUAAAGUUUAUUGUUUUAAGUAAAUUAAAAGUAUGUAAACGGAAGAUGCACUCAGUUAAGACUUGUCUUAAUCUAUAUUAUGGUUUGCCCAAGAUAUUAUUAUAUUUACGGUGUUUAAAAGCUCACUUACUGACGAGAUGAUUAUUAAAACCUUCAAGUGAUUUAGAAAAAGAUUAUCUUUCAAACCGCGCUUACUUAACUGAUUUCAAGGUUACAUGCGACGUUUAGAAAAAACUUCAGUAUUUUUUCCGUAAAGAUCUUCUUUUGAAGAAGAACGAUAAAUUAAGUAAAAAACCAAGUAAAGAUCAUGAUACGACAUGUCAAACAGAAAACAUAAAUUAAUAUAGAGUGUUUUCACUCACGUGGCCAGGAUCUAUGCAAAAUUGUGGAAGCAAAAAAAAUUGUUUACAUAAGAAAAGAGUUCAACUCCCACAGUCAGGAUGGCUGCCGUUUCAUUGUUUUGGGACACCAAUAUGGCCGCCGUGACGUCAUGUGAAAACGUUCCACAGUGCCAACAAGGAUAAAUCGGUUAGCUGGUAUUGUAAUUUUUCAGACGGGUUGUAUAAAUAUCUGCCAACUGCCCCUGUUUUACUUUAUCGUAUAAUUACAAUGCAUUUUAGACACACUAUGAACUGAAAGUAACUCAGUGCUUCUUUUAAUUGUGCAGCUCUAGAGGAACAAUUGGAUAUUGACGUUUCUUUCGCCUUGGACUAUUCUUCAAGUGUAUCAGAAGGCGAAGAAUUUGAAAAACAAGUUGAGUUUGUAAAACACAUUCAGCGAUUUUGGAAUAUAUCUGAUAAGGAUUUCCAUCUUGUUGUGUACGGGGCCAGUGCCGAAAAAAUUCCUUUUCAUCCACAUGAUGAAAGAUUUCCUGAGUGGCUUCGUAACCUGAAGACCACAAAAUGGGGCGGAAGUCAGUGUAGACGAAUGGACUUGGCACUCAGGAAGGCAGCUGAUUAUUUCAGUUCAGAUACCAGCGAAAAUCAUCGUCUCAUCGUGCUGAUAACAGCUGGUAAGCAGGAAUCAGGCAAGAACAACAAAGAAGAAGAUCAAGGGCUUCUCGUAUCAGCAACUGCAGCACUACAGGCCGAAAAUGUAAAAGUCAUCGUUUUACCGGUUGGACUGGAAGCAGAUUUCGUGGAGCUUGGGCUGAUAGUAAAAAGACCCCAGUAUUUGUUUCCAUUGUCUAGCUUUGAUGACUUGAGUUCUGGUACUAUAGCAAAAGAAAUUGUAUCCAACAUCAACAAAACCGUAGGUGAGUAUUUUUUUUUUCGUAUACCCUGCAUUAGUGUUGUUCUCGGCUAGUGCAAAUAAUGAUUCUUCGUUUUUUAUGUAUUCUGUGGUAUCGUAGAGUCCAGGCAAAAGCGUAAACAAAUAAACACAAGACAAAACCCAAGGCAAAGCCCAAUCAUGAAAUGUGUUUCCUCCGUCGUGGGCGGAUUACCUAGAAGUAGUUGCGAGUCUCUCUCCGUAAGUGACUCAUUUCAAAUAAAAAAUCUGGCAAACAGACUUGGAAUGAAAACAACAUUCUGGCAAAAGGGGGGAAUUUCAUAUAUCCCAUGAUGCAUCGCUUCAUACUAUAUUAUCAAGCUUCCGAACGCACGUGAUCCUAUCAGUUCAACAGGGACGUGACAGUUGAACNGACUCAUUUCAAAUAAAAAAUCUGGCAAACAGACUUGGAAUGAAAACAACAUUCUGGCAAAAGGGGGGAAUUUCAUAUAUCCCAUGAUGCAUCGCUUCAUACUAUAUUAUCAAGCUUCCGAACGCACGUGAUCCUAUCAGUUCAACAGGGACGUGACAGUUGAACAACAAUGGAAAGCGACUUGUUUUGCUGAUAAAACUUUCUUUACCUUUGCUUUGUCGAUCUAUUUACGAUUUUAGUUUUACUGUUCCAAAUAUAUCACUUGUUAAGUCAAAGAGAGUGUUUUGGCCGCCGACUAUGAGUUAACUAGCCUUACGAUAGGCAGUCCACGCAAAUGUUCUUAGAAGCUAGCGAGGAAGGUCUUUGCUUCAGUAAGACCUGUUUUAACGUGCGUUGAUAAAACUCUCCAUGGAUUAACAAGCGAUUUCCACGUACUUGUCAUGAAAUAAAUACAUAUUCUGGGUGUGACAUUUCUCUUCGUUGCUUGUUUGUGAUCGCGGUGCUCAUAUUGUCAGUUCAAUAAUUCAUCGAUGUAGUACAACAACCGUACGGUGACCGCACAUGCUUUUACUUCAACAAGCUCAGCUUACAUGCAGUCGAAAAUACCGAGACCGUUAAAGUACAAAGUGACGUCUAUCGCAGAUAAAAUUCAAAGGAGGGGAACAGCUCCAACAAACAAUAAAAAUAACAAAGACAUCUACAUUUUUCGUAACGCAACACCAGCAAGGCAUCAUUUUCAAACAUAAACAGAAAAAAGCUUUAUUAAGAAAUGGCCAAAUACAUACACAAAAACACCCACUUCUUCGCUACAAUGGAUCCUAAAAGAAUUAUCAAAAUGUCUUUAAAGGUUUUAUACACCAGUUGAGGUCCUAUGGCAUGCUAUUCCAUGACAUUUGCUGGCCUGUAUAUUUCAGGUUCGCCGAGCGCGUUUGCGACCGGAAGCCACCAUGAAAAACCAAUUUUACCUAAAAUAAUGAGAGAAAAAAGCCUUAAUACUAUAACCCAUUGAAUUUAAACAUUCAUCACACCCUCAAGAGAUAAUAUUUGUGUUUUGAUCAGCGAAAAAAGAGCGAAUUCAAAAAAAAAAUGUCCCAUCUUCGCAGGACUUAGCACAAAGAAAUUGAAACCUUCGUCUUGCAUCUUAGCCGAGAAAGGGCAGAAAAUGUGAUAUUUCAAAACGAUGAAACCCAUAAAAAUCGCGAGGUCGAAGGAGGUGGGAGCGCGGAACUUGUAUCAACCACUCCUUGUCCGCCGAUUUAAAUAAUUCCGAGCGUAACGACUUUAUAAUCUCGUCGCGCGCGAAGCACGAGUAGUCUGCUAACCGCGCGUGGUCUUAGCCAGCUGCAAAAUUCGACGCGCCAUAAAUCUUUUCAUGAAUAUAUAUUCUUGGUGUCCGCCAAAGACGUCAUGAAGCAUUUUGCGUUUCCAGACAACAUAGACUUUGCCGCCGAUGACUAAGGUUUUGAUGUGUUUAUUCAUCGUCUGUGAAACAAAGUUUACUAUCGGUGAAUCACGAACAAUUUCCCAUGCAAAUGAAACACAAGCACAGCAGGUGCAAAACCUCGCCCAGGAAGAUUUUCUACCGAAACUCCUCUGGAACGAGAACGGCGACUUCAAAUUUAGCGUGAACAACGAAGGAGAAGACGUCAAUAAGAAACCGCGGAGCAGAGAGAACAUCGCCCAGCACAGCGAAGGCAACGCCACCAACAAGAGACAGAGGAACAGAUUGGAAUCAGAGGCAUUAUGAUCGUUUUACGCUGUGGAAAACCCAGAUUUCUUAGUUUGCCGGUUUCCCCGCCGAUAUAUAGAUCAACGUCUGCAAAGCUUCAGUUCAGUAUUACGGCCCGAAGAAUAAUUUUCAGGCGAACUACACUGCCAUAUUUGUUCUUUGUUUUUGCCUUUUUCUAAAUCCGGACUCCGAAAUAAUGCUAAAUCUGCUUCUCAAUACACUGUUAACAAUAACACUACAUAAUACGCAAAAAAGAAGGAGAAGAAAAGAGAGAACAAGGUAUGGACCUUUACGACGAUAUUCGCGGUUGGUCACCCAUCCAGUUCUUAACCCCGACCGACAAAAUCAUCUAAAUAAAUAUUUACCUGCGAGUUAAAACAGCAUGGCUUAACAGGGUCGUAAACGAGAGCAAUAAUGCGUGAAAUGACCAUGGAAACAUUUUACAUUAUCAAUCAGAUACCAAAGAUUAACAGGGCUCAUUGAAACUUACCUUGGAUGAGCUGCAUCUUGAAAUUCCGGUCGUUGAAAAUCUCCCUCGAAACCCUCGAACGCUCUUUCCACCGCGGAGAGAAGAUAGAAAUUAGGCGCGAAGCAUCAUGGGAUAUAUGAAAUUCCCCCCUUUAUUCUGGCAUGGAGGUAUUAAUCCAAUAUUCAAGCUGCAAAAUAAGAGAAAAUUAUCUUCCAUCACGUUGUUACUAGUAACCCUUAAGAAUAGUCUUGUCAAAUGCCGCCCUCCAACAAGAAAAAGUUAAAAUGUUACAGAACUUUGCGGAAACAUCUUAAGGUGACUCGACCCAGUUUUCUUGGGGGGGUACCAUCCUACUUUGAAGCUCUCUGGUAUCCCCACCUUUACUUUUAUCGUAAGUCUAACACAUAGAAUGGAUAACAUAUAGAUCAAUCUACAACAUAACAUAAAAUUUUUGGCGAUCGGAGUAAAUGUCACGUGGUUAUAAUGCCACGCCCCUUUGAGGUCUGAGUCGAAAAUCUGCUGUUGCAGGGAUUUUUUUGGUGAAAAUCUCUCGGCUACACAUAGAGCGCAUUAGUGCCUUGCGCUGAACAGAGUUUCACGAAAAUCGCAAAGACCCAAUUCGAGAAAUUCAGCGGUUUCCAAAUUUAGGUCAUAAUUUAUGCGAAAAUGAUAAGCAAACUUUACACGAUUAUAUCUAACAAACUAUGAGACUGAUCACUUUAUUUUGGGAAUCGUUAUGACAGAUGGGUCCUUGCAAGUCAGCAAAAAGCUUUAGGGCCUUGUAAAUGCGCGCGAUUUCGAGCAAAGGAAACAUAAAGAAAUUAUAGUUUUCGCUAUUUGUUGACCUUUGUCAGCGUUUAAGAGUCCUUCUCACGAAAAAAGCAUUUUCUUAAAAAUUCGUAGUUUUUUUCCCUUCAAAUUUUUUCAGGGCCACAAUUGAUUAAGUAUCUACCGGGACUCUGAAUUUCAUGGUCAUUGAACAACUGGGACAUUAUCUUCUAUAUGUCCAAACUUGAGUAAACAUUGAAGAUUUUUAGCGUUUUGGCUGAGUUUGUGCUUUGGGAGUUGUCUAUUGUUUCUAGUCUGUCAUGAUACAGCAUUCUUGUUCAGCACGCGUGCCAUGACCGCGCUUGGCUGAACAGCGUCCGAACGCCUAAGUGCUUUAAACAUUAGUGAUUAGGAAUAGGAAACUGAGAACGUUAUGCUCCAGAUCCAGAUCAUCAUGCAGGCCAAACUGAAUCCUAGUCCUGAUCACUUAAACUUCACUUUCUUGUUUUGUUACGGUUUGUUGACUCCGAAGUUAUUCCUUAAAAAUAGCAUUUCUGUUGUUCGCUGUUUCUUCGUUAUUUUUUUCCCGCAGCCUCUUUAGUGUUAUUUUAGCCUCCCCUCCAAUAACCCGUGCGAAAUGUCUCAAGAAAAUCCUGGAAUUUCUCGACAUUUCCCGAUAAUCAUUCUCGGGAAUUCCCGGAAAAUUCUUUCGCGUUAAUUGGCACCAAGACCAACAAUUCUCGGGAAUUCUCUGGAAUUUCCAAGAAUCGACAGAAUUUACCAGUACAUCAUUCAGUUAUCACAAGAACCAUAAGUCUUAUUCCAGCAGUAUAACUUUGAAGGGUGCAAGGCUUAAAUUGAACUUUCGCUAUUUUUAAAUGUAAAUUGAGAUACGAGAGAGGACAAAACAAAAAAGACAACACUCAGCGGGUGCGAGGCGUUAGAUCGAUUCAGAAAUACAUUGUCAGUACUCUUUGAAAUAGGGUAAACCCAAAUUUCAAGCGAAUGCUUUAACCAGGUGUUUAACAUGUCAGUUACAAAUAAUACUAAAAAAUAAUAUUUAUUGCCCUACUGACAAUUGAUUAGACACAAACCUCACAUUUGAUAGCCAUUGCUGUCAAUGAAUGUAAUUCCGUGUAUAAACUGCUUGACUUCCAUUUGCUGAUCCGUUUUGCUACAGGCUGCUUAACUCAGUUAUUCUAGUAAAUAACGAUCCAAAGACAUUUUGUUUCGGGGUUGAAACAAAAUCUAAGUGUUCAGAGGAUACGCCGAGGUGACAUACACUUUUAUAACGUAAUAAAAAUCACUGUAACUUACCUCUUCGAGGCGAACGCAUGUCAUUACAGUCAAUACUGUUUGACGGACAGACAAUACUGUGUGACGGCCGGUAACAUUUUUUUAAACUACACGAUAGCUGGCCUCACCAGUGAUCGCCGCGCUCUAUCGUGUUAUAGUCACGCUCGUCAGAACUCAAGUUAGGCUGAUAUAGCGAAUACUGGUAUGUAAAUGCUAGGUCUCUGUUAGGUUUCCUGUUCACUAGGCCCCAGUCCGGGCAAAGGUUUUGACAUUCAAGACAAGGUCAAACCUCGACAUACAUGUGCUUUCCAUCACUACGUUAUUUUCGCCCUUUUUUCGAACAAGGAUCGUCUAACUGACUCACACAUCGACGGAAUCGAGGUGAUACGAAUAUUGCAGCAAUUUUCAAGGUAACAGACACAGACGCUGUAAAGUUUUUUUAUAAGGUAUCGUAUUCCAACAGUAUGUCGAGCGUAGUUGAUUGGAUCGAAUAAAACGAAGAAUUCACACUGAAUUCAGGGUUGUUGCAGUUUGACCUACAAGCAAAUCAUAUGGAGGCAAACAAGGAGAAAGAUUUACAGAGGUAAACGGAGGUUCCUGAUGAAGAAAAGCAUUGCAGUUGGCGCGAAAUCGAUAUGGACCUCGAUACAAUCUGGUAGUCACCUUGUGCGAUAUCGCCGCUGACCGGUAUAUUGACUCAAGAAAUUUUUCGUGGACGUGCGAAAACGGAUUCCUACAAAAAAGGGUCGUAGACAAUAUGAGAUUCAAAAGUAGAAGGAAAAUCGAAAAACUGCACUUGCUAAUUUAACUAAGCAGUGGAGUGUUGUUGAAUCUUUUAAUGAUCUAAAUGAUGCCGUUUCUGCUUGGAACACUCUCUUCCUCGAUGUUGCUAAUCGUCACACACCUGUAAAGAAGCUAAGAAUGAAAGGUACAAUAAAGCCGUGGAUGACAAAGAAACUGAAGGAAAUCAUGGAGAGAGCGACUAUGCGUUCAAGAUUGUUGAAAGAUCUGGAGGUGAACAAGAGGAGUGGGACAAUUAUCGCAGGUUAAAAAACUUAACGAAUAGGAAAAUCAAGGCGGCUGAAGCUUCGUAUUACAAGAAUCGAUAGAAUCUGCCCAGGGUCCGAAAGAGCUGUGGCCCUCACUGAAUUCAGUUUGGGGUAAUGGAAAGAACAUUUCUAGUGCAAGACGGAAUAUCAUAUUAGAACCCAAGGCCGUCGCCUCUAAAGUAAACAAGUUCUCUGCAACCAUUGGGUGUCGCAUCGCCAAAAAAUUACGCUCUGUACCGAGGGAUGCCUGAAAGAAGUACGAAUCUGUUAUCCAAGGCGAUGGUGAAGAUCAAUGCGUCAGUUCUAAGGCUGUUUCUAAGAUCUUGCAUUCGUUGAGAGUCAUCAAGGCAGCUGGACUGGACAAUAUACCGGUAAGGUUUUUGAGAGAUGCUGAAGUGGAGCUUUCUCCAUCAACAACAUAUUUCAUUAAUAUAAAUCGAUCACAGAUGGUACUGUCCCUGCCUUGUGGAAGGUCACUCGUGUAACGCCUCUGUAUAAAACUGAAGAUAAUCUUUUGGUGGAAAACUAUAGGCCUAUUUCUUUGUUGCCAGUACUAAGCAAAGUAUUGGAAAGAGUGGUACACACACAAACGAGCGCUUAUUUAGAUCAGUAAGGCUUGUUAUACAAACAUCAGUACGGUUUUACACGUGGUCGCAAUACGGUACAAGCGGUGGGCCAUUGGAAUAAUACUGUGCUUGAUGCCAUGGACGGAGAAAAAGUCAUAAACCAUAAGUCGCAAUUUAAUGACUUUUGACCUCAGAUGAAAGGGGUCGGGCUUGCGUUUGACCGUAUACGGACUCGUUGGUGACAUAGUCAUGGCGACUGAUGCCCAACAUAACCCGAAGGCAGUUAAGUUGGAAAGCGUUGAGCUUGUCACACAGUGAUUCAGUUAAAGUCCAUGUUUCCGACCCAUAAAGAAGAACACUCAGAACGGUACACUUGUAAAGGCGAGCCUUGAUAGCAAUUGACAGGUUAGACUUCUAAAUACGCUCUAAUCUCCAAAAGGCAUCCCAUGCUUGACCUUGUCGUUUCUUGACAUCGUUCUCAGUGGUGGCAAUGUAAGAACCGAGGUAGUUAAAGUCAUCUACAAAAUCAAGGUCGAUGCUGUUAACUCGCAGAGUGGAGAUGAACUUGGUCGAUUGUGAACCAAAAUUUUGGUUUUGGUGGCAUUGUCAUGGAACCAACAUUUGCAGCAGCUAAGACAAGUCGAUCGAGGAAUUUUUGAGCGUCUCCUAUACUUAAUAGUAGCAAAGCAAUGUCAUCUGCAUAGCCAAGAUUACUCAGCUUAUAUUCUCGAUGUCUUCGAGACUGUCUAGGAAUCAUGGCGAAACCAGGAUUGUCAACGGUAGCCUAGUGCAUAACCCAGUCCAGAACGAUUGCAAAUAGGAAGGGUGCUAAAGCGUCGCCUUGAAAUACUCCAUCAAAUGACUUCAAAUGAUUUAUAGACACUGCCACCAACUACAACGGAACUCUUAGUGUUGUUGUAAGGUAAUCCAAUGCAAUGACUAUCUUUUCCGGGAUGCCAUAAGAGCAAAGGAUCUGCAGCGUUUUACUCCUGGUAAUGCUAUCAAAGGCUUUCUUGAAGUCCACGAAGACAAGGACGAGGGGGCGGUUGAACACUGUCGAGCCUUCGAUAACACGACGAAGAAUUUAAUAUAUAUUGAUAAUGCCAGCGGUUGCACUUUCAUUAAUCAAAAAACCUACAAAUGGCCUUUUACCAACUUUUUCACCUGAUUUGACAUGAAAUAGACCGAUUUGGUUGUUUUAUCCUGAAAAGUGGAUUUUUUUCAAAAAGUUUGGUACUUUGCUUAACCCAUUCGCUCCUGGAGAUUUUGCCAAAAAACUCGUUUUAAAGUUAGUCGAGUGGUUUUUUGGUCACUGUCUUGCUAUAAAGAGCUAAAACUUACCACAAACCGGUUUACAGGUCGUACACUUGAUGGCCUUCUGAUCCAGAUGCAAAAUAUCAGCUUGCGAAGUUCGGGCAUGCGCACUAAAAGUGACACAGCAGUCUUGACUUUUACUUUUCGCUUUCUCUCCUCCCCUCUUUUUUCGCUUUUCUUGCCUCAUUUUUUUUCUCUUGCUGGGUAUUUAGUAGGCUUCAUUUUGGUGGGGAUAGUUUUUAGGAAAGCUUUUAGGAUCUUAGGAUUAGGUGAAAGGAAAGGUAGGUGGGUAAUGGAACAAGAUUUUCAUGGAGAUUUUCAGGUCAAUGUUACAUGGUUUUUUGCUUCUUUCUCCGGUGUCCUUGACUGAAUUGUGCUCAUUCUGGUAUGGUUUGAAAGAUCUCUUCACUCUGCACAAGUUAGCGGACAAAGUUGUCCUUGACCGUUAAAACUGAUGACGUCACAAAGGGUAGAAAGGACGUGGAUCCGCACGGGCGGUUACGGGCGGUUCAGGGGCGAAUGGGUUAAAGAAGAUUAGUGCAGAAGACUUGGUGUUGAGGGAAGUGAAACCAAACUUUUUCUCACUGCUAUGCAUGGUACCCAAGAGAUGGAUACUAAAGCGGAAGAUGGAGUAAUGGCUUCCCACUUUCAAGGAAAGGAGGUUAUCGUACCCCUACCGAGAACCUAAGUCAGACAACGGACUCCAGCAGAUCGUGAUGGUCCUUGGCCCGAAAAGCUGCAAGGAUGGUCCCAUUUGCAGAUAAUAAACAAAAAACACGUACCUCCUUACAAUCACUCCUGAUCGGACUAAAUUGCCCAAGUGCAGUGCGACUAAGAGAAUUGUUUGCGGAAAUGAGAAUGAAGCCUAUGCAGUGCGAUCACUACUGGGAUGGCACGUUAACGGUCCUUUUGGUCACAAGAGCAGUAAACAAGUACAUUGUAACCAUAUUCAGGUCCUUUAGAGUAACACGGAGGACAAAGUGAAUUGAUACAUCGUUGCUAAGAUAGAGAUUAAGGAGCGGCUAACCCAUCAAGUGGUUUCUCGAAUGUUUGAGGUGGACUUUGCCGAAAGAGAAUACGGAUUAUCAAGAGAAGACCGUCACUUCCUAAAGAUUGUAGAAGAUAGAAUCCAUCAAAGAGAUGACAUGCAUUUCGAGAUGCCUCGGCCUUUUAGAGAAAAGAAUGUCCAGCUACCCAAUAACCGUCCUCAAACAAAACAAUGCCCGCACGGCCUUAAGAAGAGACUUCAAGGUGACGCAAAGUAUUGCGCUGACUACGUCAGAUUAACGGCUGAGAUCACAGAGAAGGAACAUACUCGAAAGGUCAAAGAAGAAGAGCUACCCCCAUCACGAAGGAACGGUCUAAAACUUACCUCACCACGGGCUUAACCACCCCAAAUACCUGGCAGCGUACGCGUUUUUGAUUUUUCAGCUUGUUGUCAGGGUGAAUCGCUUAAUGGCCACUAAUUGGAAGGGUGUGAUCUAACAAGCAAGCUCACUGGUGUGGUUACAAGAUUUAGAAAGGACAGAGUAGCUUUCAUGGCGGCCAUAGAUGAAUGUUUUUUCAAGUCAAGGAUCCAAAGAAAAAUCAGAACUUCCUUCGCUUCUUAUGGUGGCCGAAUGUUGAUUCAACUAAAGAACCUCAAGAGUACUGCAUUGUUAAAGAAUGUAAAAACGCAAUUUUGAACGUAAAAAUAUACCGUUGGAAAUUAAAGAUAAGAAGGUAUUUGGUCAGUAAUCAGUUUUCUAAACAGGAACAACCGUGCUCAAAUUAGUUUAAUUGUAACGUUUUAGUGUUAAUAGAAAUUGUACCUUUUUCUAAGAUUAUCUUAACGAAGAAAAUUGUUACAAAACUCUCUUGUCGCCGUAGCCGGAAGCUUGCGGAUCUAAACUUUUAUUUCAUAAAGAGUCUUUUGUAAAGGUUAUUUUUGUUAACUUUCGACUAUAUAAAUUCUUUUUGAUUUUUUUAAUCAUGACCUUUUCAAUCAAUCUUCUCUUUACCUUGAGCUGCUCACACCUCUUAAAGUAAUCAAAAAGUCGAUAAUGAAAAAGUAUUGUAAUCAUCUUUCCUAGGUAAGAAAUAGUUUCUAUCUUGUACAGUUUUAUUAAGCGUGUUACCUUGUGAAAAGCUGCCUUGAUCUCGGAUAAAGCCCGCCUUUUUUCAUAUUUAAUUUGUUUACUUCUCGACAGUCAUCCUGGCGUCGACGCCAUAUGUGGGUUGAGCUUGUUGUUGGUUCUCUCCCUUGCUCCGAGAGGUUUUUCCCCGGGUACUCCGGUUUUCCCCUCUCCUUAAAAACCAACACUUCCAAAUUCCAAUUCGAUCUGAAAGGACACGUUUCAACGAGUUCUUAUGAACUCCUUAGUGCUCCGUGGGUAAACAAAUUACAAUUUACAAAAUUACAAUUUACAAUUUACAAAUUUACUACUAGAAGUAAAUAUUGUAAUCGGUCGAAAUGUUUGGUUGCAAUUUUAAGGUAUUUUUACUAGACUUGUAAUAGAAAUUUUAUGACCAAAAUGAUGCUUUAAUUUUUCCUUGAAGUCUGGCGUUGUGUUCGUAAAAAGCAGUUAAGUUCUAGGUUUGAAAAUCUACGAAAUGCAUUAACUUUGUGAUGACGCAUCGUCAGGUCGCAGCUGUCUUCUCGAAAUUCAAGAACUGAAUUUGAAUGACAGUUCGCACCUAAAACUGUGGACUUGGCUGUUUCUCCAUAAAAGCAGAACGGUAGAAGGACAAGCCAUACACCGGUAGGAGUAUACUGGCAACUAUAAGGUCGACCUUUCAUCCUCUAGGGCUGAUCGCACCCGUCGUUCUUGUUGGAAAGCUGAUAAUUAAAGAGAUCUAUCAUGGAAAAGACUAGGAAAAGCCAAUCGAGGAAGACUUUCUUGCCAAGUGGGAAAGAUGGAGAAGUCAGUUACAGCUACUAGAGCAGCUGAACAUCCCAAGAAACUUUCAGCCCCCUGAUUCUGAAAGCAUUGCCACUGCUCAGCUGCAUAAUAUGUCAGAUGCGUCGCAAGUCGCAUACGGACAAUGUUCUCAUCUCAGACUGGUUGAUGAAAACGGAAGAAUGCAUUGUUCUCUCGUUAUGGGAUAAGCUCAUGUAGCACCGUUUAAGACAAUCACUAUUCCAAGACUUGAACUAACUGCUGCUAUCGUUUCAGUAAGAGUUUGUAUGCCGAAAGAAAAGUUAGACUAAUGAUUGACUUCAAGACUUCUAAUGGACCGAUAGUAAGGUUGUUUUCAAGUUCUUCAACAAUGAGUCCCGAAGAUUUCAAGUGUAUGUUGCAGAUAGAGUGCAGUUCCUCCGUGACCACACUUCAUCAGACCAGAGGCUUUACUUGGAGGCUGGAUCCAGCCCAGAAGAUGAAGCAUCAGGUGGAUGAACGCUUAGGAGUUUAUGCAGAAGCGGCAGUGGAUUAAGGGCCCAGAUUUCUUGCGGCAGACAGGUCGCUGGCCUUAACAAUACUCGUGCGAAAAUGAGGUUGAUCACAAUGCUCCUGACAGUGCGACAGCGAAGAACACGAAAACAUUUUAAGCAGUUUCGGAAGGUUCUCUAAGAGGCAAGCCUUAAGGCCGUAGUUGCCAUUUGUAUGGAAUACAAAAGACGUCUUAAGAUGAGAGUCAGUAUAGCAGACAAGAGACCUCUACCUGUUGACGGUCCGUAAGUUAAUGGACGGAGCAGUGAAUGUGAGAGUUACCCGGCUACUCCAGAGACCUCGAAUAAGCAAAGACAGAAAUUCCCAAGAUCGUGCAAUUAUUUCGAUAAAGAAAUCAGGACUCUGAUAGAUUCCAAACCCAAACCGAAAGGUGCGCCUAAAGAUCGUCAGCAUGAUAAGGAGAAGAAAACAGUUUUGAAGAAAAGUAGCAACCUUAACGUCCUUGACUCGUACCUGGAUGCCAACGGAUUGUUGAGAGUUAGAGAACAGAUAAAGAAGGCUAACCUCUCAGACAGUCUUAAAAACUCUGUCAUCGUACCGAAGACUGGUCAUAUUACAGAGCUGGUCCUCCGCCACGCCUAUGAGAAAACUCACCACAGUGGAAGAGGCGUCACCUUAAACGAACUUCGUUCAAGUGGCCACCGGAAUAUCAAUGAGAAUGCUGCAGUCUGACACUUCAUAUCAAGGUGUGUUACGUGUCGAUAUCACCGUGGUACUUUUGGAGAAUAGAAAAUGGCCAAACUCCCAGGUUUUCAUAUUGUGCGGUGGACUAUUUCGGUCUAUGGUAUAUUAAGGAAAAGGGAGGAAGUUGAAGGGUAUACGGAGCCUUUUUUACUUGUUUCGAUAGUCGUGCGAUACAUAUCGAAGUAGCUCACUCCAUGGAAACAGAUUCAUUCUUACAAGCAUGACAGCACUUUUUCGGUCCUAGAAGACCCAUAAGACAAUUUCGCAGUGACAAAGGGACUAAUUUUGGUGGGGCCGAAAACGAGUUAAAGGCAGCGUUUCAGGAAAUAGAUGGUGAGAAAAUUAAAGCAGAGUUGUUUUAAAGGAGUGCAUUGAUUGGAUCAGAAACCCUGCUACAGCAAGUAAUUUCAGAGGUGUUGGGAACGACAGAUUCGGUCCGCGCAGAACAUUACGGCAGCACUUAUGAAGGAGCAUGGUCACAGCUUAAACGACGGAUCAUUGAGAAGCUGAAGCUGUUGUCAAUAGUCAUCUUCUGACUACCGAGACCUUAAGUAACCCGCUCUCACCGUUGUGAGUCUGCAGUAAAACCAAGCUUAUUCUCCCACCUCCAGGAAAGUUUCAACGAAAGGAUACUUACAGCAUACAUCGCUGCAGGCUCGUACAUCAUAUUGCGUACGAAUCUGGAAUAGAUGGAGUAAAGAAUACCUGCAGAGCCUACAGUUGAAAUAAAAGUGGACACAUAAGAGAAGAAACUUUACGGAAGGCGACAUUGUUCCAUUAAAGGACAGCAAAUUCUUGUAGGAAGAAGUGGCCCAUGGCUAGAGUGCUUACAACACAUCGUGAUGAUGAAGACCAAGUCAGACUGGGAAUCCCCGACGAGCAACCUCAGGAACUGUUACGUGUCAGAAUCAUGAUACCUACAACCCUUAGCAAUUCCAUUAUUUGAAACGAGUUAGGGUAAGACUUGUUUUGGUUAAAAUGACGAACAUUUGAGGGGAGCCAUGUAAAUGAUAGGCUUCUGUGUUAGGUUUCCAGUGCACUAGCUCCCAGUCCGUGCGAUAAAACCUCGAAAUACGUGUGGUUUUUAUCGCUUCGAUAUUUUCGCCCUUUUUUCGCAUGAAGAUCGUUUAAUUGGACUCACGAAUCAAAGGAAUUGAACAUUACGGUGUCAUUAUGAAUAUUGCAGCCCUUUUCAAGGUUUCGAACACGGACACUUGCUUGAUUUCUUAUAGGGCAUUGUAUUCUAACAGUAUGUUUAGCGUAGUUGAUAUGAUCGAAAUUCUUUCUUUAAAACAUAUAUGAAAGGAAUAUAGCGAUAUAUGGUAGGACUGUUUUAGCUUUCCUUUUCAUGCAAGAAAAAGAGGUGAGAUCUUAGCUUGCAAACACUGUUAUGACUUCUACAAGUCAGAAUUACCUUGCGUUAUAGUUUCCGAUUCUGGGAGUUAUUAUAACUGCCGAUUUGUGUCAAAAAUAUGGUCUUGAUAUUCGUUUAAAAUUUAUUAGAUUGUUUAAUAGCUGCACCUUAAAAACUCGGAGAUUUUAAUUAAACGAGUUUGAUGUAAUGACCGUUUAAGUCCGUGCCAUGCUGUGAGUAAAAAGUCAUACUGCAAAGUAUUUAUAACGUCGUAUCAACGUCUCUUACAGAAAGAUGGGUAUUUGAUUAAAGCCUUAAUUCUCAAGAGAAUUCCUGAUAAUUCUCAAGAGGUUUCUUUGAAUUACCUUGUCAAAAUGAUAUUCACAUUAUUCUCGAGAAUUCCAAAGUGUAACAUUCUUGUAGACGAGCCCUUAAAAAUUUCCGGGAAUUGGCGGGAAUAUCCGAGAAUUUAUUGACAUCGCAAGUUUUCUCAAGAAUUAUAAGAAGUUCUUGAGAUUUGCCCUGUUCCCGAGAAUUCUUGGGAAUCAUUUCGCACGGGAAUAACGGUAACUACACAAGAGCAAGUGCACGAGUCACUCGCAAUACCUUUACGGGUAGAGUUAUUCUGACCUCGAUCCAGUGAAAACACAGGAUGUAUCCACCUUCUAACCUAGAAGCAAACCCAAGGAAUUAGAAUUCUUUACAAUGUCACAAACCAUUGCCAUGGUUUCAGGAGGGUGCGUCCUUUAACGUGGCACAUAUCGUUUUAAAAGUACGGUUCUGUUUUUAGGUAGUCGAUUUUAUGUUCUGCAGGUCAACCUGAGCCUUAACGUGUAUCCACAGUUCCUCUUUACUUUGUUUAUUAAAAGCAGUUUUUGCUAAAUAAUACAGUUAAUAUUACAGCAAAAACGAAUUUCCUUUUUCUACUUGUAGAUCUAGAAAUGUAUGCGAAGAAAGCAUUUGAGGAUUUCUCAGAAAUUCCGGCGGAGUCAAGUUUGUGGGAGAAUAUCAGUUUUUGUUCCGAUGUUCUAGAGGGAGCUUGGUACCAGCUCUACGAUGACCAGAAAAAGCCUAAAAGGAAUCAGAAAGUCAAAGACCUAAUCCGUGGUACUAUUGACAACUUCCACAGCACACUUGUCACUCAAAGUAAGGUUUGCGUUACAGUUGCUGUUUUUGGGCCACCUGGGACGGGUAAAAGUUUUCUUCUAAACCAUCUUUUAACUGGUAAAGGUAUCAUGCAAAAUGGGCCCCUACCUUCCGCUAAGGGAAAAAACCAGACACUCCUCCCCAUUUAUGUAACAUACGGUAGGAAUGUCGAGGUGUUGUUACACAAACAGAAAGCAAAUGCAAACCCGGGUAUACUUCUUCAGAAAAAGGAACUAGGAGAAGGCACCCUGGCUCAUGUAAGGGAGAUUCUUGAAAAGCAAUUUCAGGACGAAGAAGGCUUAAGUGAUGCGAGAUACAUAGAGGUUCGAGGGCCAUUUAAAGUGUUCGAUCAGUUGGGGGAGAGCAAGGUAGCACCCUCGCCACUUUCCAUGGACGUUGAUGUAAAUUUCGUAGAUGUACCUGGACUUGGUGAUGAAACGGGGGACAAGUAUAUCAGUGAGGCACUAGGUAAGGCUGAUAUAGUGCUGUUUUUUAGCAGUGGGCAAUCCGAGAGACCAGUUUCAGCAGAAGAUAUCGCACCGAUAUUUCGAAGGCGUGAAAAUUUUGAGUUUACGUCCCGCCCAAAACUCGUCCACAUUGUUAAUGAUAAAACAACACCCGCUUCGUCCCUCUCAGCAAAGUUUGAUUGUUUGUUCCAGAAGAAGGAAGAAGAACUCAGGAAAGCAUGGAAGCACCUUCUCCAUAACAUCGAUAACAGCGAGAAAGAGCCUAAUAUUUACAAAGAGGUUCGAGAAAACCUUCCCCCGUUCUAUGCGGAACAUCUGCUUAAAACAUUGUCUAGUGAGAGUGAAGUUAUCUAUUUUCAUGUUGACAAUGCCAAGUUUCUUAAAUCCUUGAAGGAUGUGAUCUGUGAACACGUUCAAAGUGUGAAAAGUAAGGAAACCAUCCACAAGUUUUUAAAGAACGUACACUGGGUUGCCAAAAAGCUCCAAUGUGGAAUAGUGCAGAGGCUUUCCGUUGUCAAAAGGAAAGAAAUAUGCGUAAAACCUAUUGAAACUGCAGAGGCAAAUUUUGUAUUUCGUUCGGAAAUGUAUGAGCUAGAGGCCUGUAAUCUUAUCGAUUCGUUCCUUGGCAAAGAGAUGGACCGACUAUUGGAAUUAGAUGCAGAUAGUCUAAACAAGUCCCUUUUCCAAAACUUUGUGCUUUCUGAGGUUACUCGGACCUUUCUUCUUAAAGUGCUACGAAAAUCACUGAAAAUGUAUGCAGUUGACCUGAUUGAGGCCUACCAGAACAAAAACGUCUCUCUACUGGACGGGGAACCAGUAAUUGACAAUGGUGAGUUAGCUAAAACGAUGUGCCUUAGCGAAGUGAAACGCUUUUGUGAAAGCACUGCACCAGCCUACUUGCUUCACGUUUUACAACUAAAGAGUAAACGGAUCUCAUUGCCAAAAAAAAAAACCUCGCAUUGGGAGGGUACAAGUCUUGAAGAUAAGCCUGACCUAAUCCUUGAAUACCUUGACGAUCUUCUUUCCCGUGCCAAAGAUGCCCUUAUGAUGUACAACACUCGUGAAGCGAAAUAUAAAAUGUCUCAUUUUCAUUUAAUGGGAAGGCUCAAAGAUGUUGCUGAGACAAUGCUUGCUACCAGAUCUUCUCAAGAUGCACGCAGGGCAGUAUGUUUGAAGUCAAUGAAAAUAAAGUUGCCGAUUGUAAUUAAAUUCUGCCAUAAAUCUAUUCGUGAUAUUGAUCCACACCCCAAAUUAAAUGGCCAGAUUGACUUCGCGUUUCCCAAGCAAAUGGUGAAUACCAAGGAAGACUACAAAGUUCCAUCAGAGUCUAACCAUAAAAAAAUUAUAGAGGAAAUGGUGAAGCUUCUGAGAAAUCCUAAAAAGCCUGUCAUAAAAGAAAUUGCAACCAAGCUGAAGAUGACGGGUGCUAGCGCUUUAGAACUUCGAGAGUCCCAGAAAGUAGACCCGCUUCAUUGGGCAAGAGUUUUGGUUAAUGUUCUCAGCGACAAAAGUCAUUUUAGUAUUCCCCUUGAGCCUGAUUUAAUCUUGCCAUGUGACAAAGCAGAGGUCAAGAAACAGCUAGAUUUGGCCAGGAAACGUCUAUUUGCUCAUGAGAAAUCAACUCUUUCUUGUAAGCUAAUUACUGACCAGAAUUUAACCAAAAAUGAAAUUCAUGUGAACAGGAAUCUUCAAGAAUGGUGUCUUGAGGUAUCAAUGUCCCCAACUACGUGUCAGACCCUUGAUAGCAUUCGAACGGAAUUUAAAGAUCCUUCACAACACUUGGCACCAAUAUUCAUCCCCACAAUCCGGCCAGGGCCGAGGGAAGAUAUUCGAGGAAACUACUUUCUUGAGGAAGACCCAUGGAGUAAAAUCUCAGGAGAUGGUACAAGACUAGAAGAAGAGAGUGACAGGGAAGACGAGGAAAUAAAAAAGGAAGCGAAUGAAAGCACUGUUGUUCGCCAAAAUAUUUUUCUUGUUGUGGAGAAAAAACACCUAAUUACUCUGCAGAACACGUUAGAUGUCCUUGGGCAUCCGAAGGGAAGCAAAAUCAGGCUGAUGUACGUUGUUUUGCCUCAAAACGGGCGAGGAAUUGGCGUCACGAGGGCAAUCAUCAAGAUUUUAGCCGAGUUCUUUAAUUUUUGGAUUUACUGGACCAUUGAUGACGAUAUCCAGUUUAUGUAUCACUUUAAUCAAAAUGAUCGCAAGUGGUAUAAAUGCUCCAUCAACAGUGGCCUACUUUUUGGACAGCGGGUUUUUCAGACUUGUUUGCAGAAGACUACAAAGGACCUCUCACCAACAGAGAAAUUUAAACUUUUUACUAAGGUAACGAAAAGGUGGCCAGACUAUCUCGACGAUUUAAAGGGAACGGCGAAUUCUCUUUUAAUGGAUCGAAAUUCUUUUCAAGAAGUCCAAAACAACCCAUCCCUUUUGCGUCAGCCAUUUUCAAGCAUCCCUGAAGGCAUUCGCGGUGAUAAAGAAAAAGAAGACGCAUUUAAGCAGUACGAAGAAGACUUUGUUGAGGAAUGUAAAAAGAGUUUGUUUGAAGACGCUAUCAAUCACAUAGCAGGUGUUUCUCUUGCCCAUAUAUCCACCAGAAAAGCCGACUACGUGAGCAAAUAUCCCAACGCCGACUACAUGCCCAGCGAACAGCGAUACCAGGUAGUUCUGAACAAUACAUGUGCUCUUAAGGGAAAAAACUUUGUCACAGAUGAGGUGAUAUUUGAUGAAGAAGAAGAUCAAGUGACGAAGAAUGACAAACGAAAUACGCCUUAUUGGGGUAUAAGGGGUGAAGAUAAGUCUUUCACUCGUGCACUCAAAGUCAGUGGUGUGAUUGGCUAUCAAGUGAUUCGAAUAAAUCACAGCCAGAAGAAGUUAAGGAAUGUUUUCGACCGGGUGGGUCCCUCUUACAUCGGAUCUGCGUCGCCAUACAGAUCUGAAGAUGAGGAAGAGAACGAAGAAGAAGAUUACUGA